CAUCAGAGUCGUCAUGAGUAUUCCUCAGUUUCUUGUGUACCUGUCCCUUUGUGUGGUUUGCAUCUUAAGCAAACCCACUGAGAAGAAGGACCGGGUUCACCACGACCCCCAGCUCAGCGACAAGGUCCAUGAUGAUGCCCAGAAUUUUGACUAUGACCAUGAUGCUUUCCUUGGUGCUGAUGAAGCCAAGACCUUUGACCAGCUGACACCAGAGGAAAGCAAGGAGAGACUGGGAAUGAUUGUAGGUAAAAUAGACACGGAUAAGGAUGGGUUUGUGACGGAGGGGGAGCUGAAAGCCUGGAUUAAGAAGGCCCAGAAGAAGUACGUGUAUGACAAUGUCGAACGCCAGUGGCAGGAGUUUGACAUGAAUCAAGAUGGAUUAAUCUCCUGGGAUGAGUACAGAAACGUGACAUAUGGCACUUACCUGGAUGACCCAGACCCCGAUGAUGGGUUUAACUAUAAACAGAUGAUGACAAGGGAUGAACGAAGGUUCAAAAUGGCUGAUAAGGAUGGAGACUUGAUUGCUACUAAGGAAGAAUUCACUGCUUUUCUGCAUCCAGAAGAAUAUGAUUACAUGAAAGAUAUAGUGGUACAGGAGACCAUGGAAGAUAUUGACAAGAAUGGAGAUGGUUUCAUUGACUUGGAAGAGUACAUUGGGGAUAUGUACAGUCACGAUGGUGAUGCUGAUGAGCCCGAAUGGGUGAAGACUGAGCGGGAGCAGUUUGUGGAGUUCCGAGACAAGAAUCGGGAUGGGAAGAUGGACAAGGAAGAGACAAAAGACUGGAUCCUGCCCUCAGACUAUGAUCAUGCUGAGGCAGAAGCCCGGCAUCUUGUCUACGAGUCGGAUCAAAACAAGGAUGGCAAACUCACCAAAGAGGAGAUCGUUGACAAGUACGACUUAUUUGUGGGGAGCCAGGCCACAGACUUUGGGGAGGCCUUAGUACGGCACGAUGAGUUCUGAGGCCUGGACAGAGAAACCAAUUUCUUCAAAGUAAUUUAUUUUUUACAGCAUCUGGAUUGACACGAGAAACGUUUUCGCUACUGAGACUGUUAUUUCAGGCUAGGAGGUGGAAAAAAAAAAAUCAAUCCCGUCCUUUUUCCUUUUUCCCAAAGGGAUGGGGACUUUGGUAUUCUGCAAACAACUCUAAUGAUGACACUUGGUGGUUGUUGGUUUUGGUUUUUUUUAGACUUACACUUUGUUUGAUGUCUAAUGAGCUCUGUUUAUUUUUGUAUUUGUUCUGGUUCCGUGUGAAAUGAAGAAUACAUAUCCUGAAAUGUUUAGCUGUAGAGCAAUGGUAGGUCCUUGCCCACUGCCCCACCAACCCUCUAUCCCCUUGACCUUUGUAUGUACUUAGCUACAGGAUUUUUUUUUUUUUUUUUUUGUUAAGCCAGAGAACAAGGCCAAAAAACAAAGAGGAGUGACGCUAGUUUUGACAGGGGGAGAAGGGCACGAGUUUGGUUGAUCUGAGGGCCGCAGCGGAAACUAGUUAGGAACCCAUAGCGUGCUUACAACUAAGUACUUGGUACUCACUUCAAGACAAGACAUUCACUCAGCGUUCUGUCUUGCUGUGCUUGGCCAGGCUUGCCCACUGGUUUCUCUUGUCUCUGGAUGUGCUGUAGGACCUGGGGAGAUGCUUGACUGUCCUUUGGACCACCCUUUGCAAACAGUAAAGUAGCAGCAGCAGGGCAGUAGGGAUUCUCACUCUUCUCCAUAGACCUGAAUGAGCUGCUAAAACCUAAGGUAGUUUGACUCAUAAAAUAUGUGGGAGAAGCUUCCUACCCAGAGGUACAUGGUAGAGAGGGCAGUCUUGCAGAUGCUGCUAGCAUCCUUGGUUUGAGUUGCCUGCCCCUGGGAACCAUCAAUGCUAUUUGUGUUACUCUCUCAAUUCUGGCUUCCCUGAACACGGUCACAACCAUGUGGCUGCACUUGGUGGCUCUGGAUGAAGCAAGGAACUGAUGUGAUGUGUGAGCCCUGCAUGUUGCAUUAAGGGAAGCAGUAAGAAAAGCAAGCAAUUCUGCAUUGGUCCCAUAAGGAAGCAGCAAAGUGCCUGCCUGCGGCUUGUGCCGUGGGGCGUGGGGGAAAGACGGUAGGUGGGUUUCAGUUCUUGUGUAAACUGUUCGCCUUCUGCAAAUCAUGCAUCAUUGAAGUGCCUUUACUUACCAGAGAAGCAGUGCUGGGUUUCCCAGGUAGGAAUCCCCAGGUGAAACGUGCUAAAAGAAGCUAAGAAAACAGCAAGGCUCCAGGAAAAGCUGGAAAGAGAAGUUCCCCCUUGUGUCCUUCCUCCGAAGCAGCGUGUAGACAGCAGCCUCUGAUCUCCUUGGGGACUUCUAACCAUAUGCUGCUUGCUUCGCCAGGGAUAUUCUCUUUUGCCUCAGAAAUCAAACCACUUAUUUCAUAGCAUCCUGAGGCAUAGUCUUGCGCAGUGUUCCUCACCCAGGGAGAACAGCGGUUAGAGCCAGCCACAUAGGGGAGUGCCACGUGAAGUCUCAUCUGUCCCGUGCUGGCGGCUGUUACUCAGAGCCGGUUUGCACAAGUUGGUGGGUUGCUUGCACUUGUCCUGCCUGGGGCAUGGUGAAGGGGGUAGCUGCAAACUGAAAUCCCUUCCUUCAUUGCAGUGUCCUGCAAAUGCUACAGGCCUCUAGGCCCUGGGCCAUAAUAAACAUGGACUUUCUGUCCCCUUUCAGAUUGGAUUGAUCAUUUCAUAGAUGAGAAGCUUGAGACAUUGUGUAUACUCCUAGUAUUUUAUGUAACUUUCUAAAAAUAACACUUUUGAUAUAACUUGAGACAGCAAAUCCAAUCAUCAUAAUCAUUGUUGUAUAUGACGUGUAUGGUUUCUGUGCCUUUGGUGUUCACCCCUAAAAUGUGGAUCUUACAGCUCUUGGAUGUACUUCAUGGCUUUGGGCAGCCAGGAAAAGCCCUGGAGAAAGACAGUGGGGCAGCGAAGGAGAGCCAGGCAGGGCUGUAGGAUUAAGUAGAUAACAGCCUGAGUCUUUCAUAUCUGGCAAAAUUUGAGCCUUGCUUCCAAAACAAAAUCAGCUGCUUCCUGGCUUCUCUUCCUCUCGCACACGUCCAUGUGACCUGACCUAGAUGGCUGUCCCUACUUAACAUGGGCCAGGGCUUCAAAGCCAGCUGCCAUACGUUGAGAGCGAGCUGUCCGCAGGAGGCUCUCGCAGCUUCCGUCUGCGCUUAAUGUUCAGACACUUUUUUUUUUUUUAAUGUUUUUUGAAGAACACUAAAGUUUUCUCCCAUCGGUGAGGCAAAACUGAACCCGUAGCUGCAGCAGCAGGAAGGUUUUACCCAUUUCAGAGCUCUGCGACUGUGCAACUUAUUAUGUGUUCCCACUUGUACUGUAUCUUAUCCAAGCAAAUGUAAAGCUGGUGAAAAACA